ACCACACCUAACACUACAACUACCUCACCUAACGCUACAACUACCACACCUAGCACUACAACUACCACACCUAACACUACAACUACCACACCUACCGCUACAACUACCACACCUACCGCUACAACUACCACACCUAACACUACAACUACCACACCUAACACUACAACUACCACACCUACCGCUACAACUACCACACCUACCGCUACAACUACCACACCUAACACUACAACUAACACACCUAACACUACAACUACCACACCUAACGCUACAACUACCACACCUAACACUACAACUACCACACCUAACACUACAACUACCACACCUAACACUACAACUACAACACCUAACGCUACAACUACCACACCUAACACUACAACUACCACACCUAACACUACAACUACCACACCUAACGCUACAACUACCAAACCUAACACUACAACUACCACACCUAACACUACAACUAACACACCUAACACUACAACUACCACAUCUACCGCUACAACUACCACACCUAACGCUACAACUACCACACCUAACACUAUAACUACCACACCUAACGCUACAACUACCACACCUAACACUACAACCACCACACCUAACGCUACAACUACCACACCUAACACUACAACCACCACACCUAACGCUACAACUACCACAUCUACCGCUACAACUACCACACCUAACGCUACAACUACCACACCUAACACUAUAACUACCACACCUAACGCUACAACUACCACACCUAACACUACAACCACCACACCUAACGCUACAACUACCACACCUAACACUACAACCACCACACCUAACGCUACAACUACCACACCUACCGCUACAACUACCACACCUAACACUACAACUACCACACCUAACGCUACAACUACCACACCUAACGCUACAACUACCACACCUAACGCUACAACUACCACACCUAACGCUACAACUACCACACCUAACGCUACAACUACCACACCUAACACUACAACUACCACACCUAACGCUACAACUACCACACCUAACACUACAACUACCACACCUAACGCUACAACUACCACACCUAACGCUACAACUACCACACCUAACAUUACAAAGACCACACCUAACACUACAACUACCACACCUACCACUACAACUACCACACCUAACACUACAACUACAACACCUAACGCUACAACUACCACACCUAACACUACAACUACAACACCUAACACUACAACUACCACACCUAACACUACAACUAACACACCUAACACUACAACUACCACACCUACCGCUACAACUACCACACCUACCGCUACAACUACCACACCUAACGCUACAACUAACACACCUAACACUACAACUACCACACCUAACGCUACAACUACCACACCUAACACUACAACUACCACACCUAACGCUACAACUACCACACCUAACACUAUAACUACCACACCUAACGCUACAACUACCACACCUAACACUACAACCACCACACCUAACGCUACAACUACCACACCUAACACUACAACCACCACACCUAACGCUACAACUACCACACCUACCGCUACAACUAUGCAACAGUCUUUUAACAGAGUUUCUACUGGAGCCAAAGCUGUCCUGACUACUGUACGAGGGUCUGCCCAUGGACAAACUACCACUGUAGCAGCUGAAAGCAGUACUGUAUCGGCUGAGGUAUCUUCUUCCAGUGCGGAGGCAUCAUCAUCAUCAGUCUCUUCUUCAGUGGCUGAUUCCUUUUCUCCAAGUGUCGCUGAAAGUAGUACUGUAUCGGCUGAGGUAUCUUCUUCCAGUGCGGAGGCAUCAUCAUCAUCAGUCUCUUCUUUAGUGGCUGAUUCCUUUUCUUCAAGUGUCGCUACUUCAUCUCAGACUUCGUCGAGCAUCGAAGCGAGCUCUACCUCCACUGCCGCAGUUACAAGUAGCUCGUCUGCUUCGAUUGAAUCUCCCUCAACCUCGGCUUCAUUAACAACAACUUCUUCUUCCGCUUUCUCGACAAGUAGUGCCUCCACCACACCGACGGCUUCCUUGUCUCAGACCCCAAUCACCACCUCCUCAGUUGGCUCAGGGGGGGAAUCCUCCGUCAGCAGCUCCAUCUCCCCAAGCACUACUACCACCACUACCACGUCGACGGCAUCUUCUGGCCAAAAGAGUAAGAAUUUUUUUUAUCUCGUUCCUGAAAGCGAAGCGCGACAUGAGGAUCGUAAGAGCGUGACAUGAGGAUCGUAAGAGCGCGACAUGAGGAUCGUAAGAGCGUGACAUGAGGAUCGUAAGAGCGCGACAUGAGGAUCGUAAGAGCGUGACAUGAGGAUCGUAAGAGCGCGACAUGAGGAUCGUAAGAGUGUGACAUUGAUUGUGUGACAGUAAGAGCGUGACAUUGAUUGUGUGACAGUAAGAGCGUUAAGAGAUCGAUACCAAAAGCGUGACAGUAAGAGCGUGACGUGACAA